AUGGACAAAACUUUUGGGUUUGACACUGCUGUUGAGGAAGCACAACAAGCCAUUAAUUCUGCUUACAUCGAGGCACAUAGUGCAUACCAUGGUAUAGGAAUUGUAAAGUUCAUGGGUCAUAGCAGUGGAUUUAUUGCUAUGCAUGCAUCCCUGGCUAGUGGACAAAUCGAUAUAUGCUUGUUACCAGAGGUACCUUUCCAUUUACAUGGUCCUCAUGGUGUUUUGCGGCAUCUGAAAUACCUCAUUGAGACAAAAGGAUCAGCAAUGGUCUGUGUUGCUGAGGGAGCAGGGCAGCCACAUGUUGACUUUGGAUUAAAAGUACUUGGUGCAUAUGUUAUGUCCAUUCCUGGCCUAUAUGGGUUUGUCCAGUCCGAAAGUCACUCUGUAACUAUUGCACACUGCAGAGAUGCAUGGGACAUGGCUGCUGAGAUAUGCCUUUCUCAGCUUCCGUCAUCGGUUGAAGAUCCUACUGCAGUCCAGAGCAUGAUUAACCAUCCUACGCCAACAAGGGCAGAAGUCUCUGACAUUGCAAUUGCAGUACGGGAAGGUGCUGAUGCGAUCAUGCUUUCUGGAGAAACUGCCCAUGGAAAGUAA